CCCCCUGCUCAGGUCGCACAAAAGUUUCAUUUCGUUACCGUCUUCCAAGGGGAUCGCCGCGCUUUAAAACAAACAAACAAACCUCAAACUUUUUCCUUCACGUCUCAACAAUACAAAAAAAAGACUUGCAGUACCACUGCAUAAGAAGUUGCGUGUACAAUUUGAAGACUAGGUUUAUUGUAUUCUAGUAACAUACCUUUUAUUUUUCGGGAUGGCGACAGGUUUCACUCAGCCAAACCAUGUGUUUGAAAAUUUAGACAGAGAUAUUGUAGAAUUCAUGUUUAAGAAGAUGGCUAAAGAGAUACGUAAUUUAAAGCUUUUUUGUAGUGUCGAUUUUCAAAUAAGUGAUGGGAUACUUCCAUCACUUUGCAACGUCACUUUGAAACCUGGCAACGAAGUUGCAAAAGAAGAAUUCAUGUCACUGUACGAUAAUGAACAGGCUGAGCUGCAGGCUACCCAUAUCUCUUGGAGUGAUGUUAAUCUCCACAAGGGACACUGUUUGCUGAGUCGAGCUGACACUUUAAUUUCACAAAAAUUUCCUGAUGUUUACCAAAUUAAAGGAAGUAAGGGUGUCCGCUUCGUCGGGAAAGGGAAGCAGCCAGCAUCGGCCCUGGAAGAAUUCCGGAAGAUUGUGCAUUCCCAACAGUCAUCUGGUCAGUCCUUAAAAAGGACACUGAGUGCAGGUGAUGAUGUUUGCCCUAAGCUUUUAAAGUCUAAAGAAAACGGUAAAGAUGAAGGUGAGAGUAGCAAAAGCAAAGAAUCCAAUGAAGACCAGAAAUCCAGCAAAGAAAAUGACAGUGACGAAAUGUGCCCCAUCUGCUUGUGUGAUUUUACGGAAAAAUAUACACUGCCAAAUUGCAAACAUGCUUUUUGUCGUGAAUGCAUAGAUAUGGCUUCCAAGAUUCGGCCUGUUUGUCCUAUAUGCAGCAAGUCAUAUGGGACUAUUGUUGGUAACCAACCCAUAAAUGCAAACAUGACGGUCAACACCACAUCAGGCCACCUUCCAGGCUAUCCACUCUGUGGCACUAUUGAAAUUACUUAUUCCAUUCCGAGUGGAAUACAAGGGCCUGAGCACCCACAGCCAGGUAUGGCUUAUCAUGGCACCAUGCGCAUCGCAUACCUGCCAGACAACACGGAAGGAAACCACGUACUGCAACUGCUGAAAAGAGCCUUCAAACAGAGGCUCAUCUUCACUGUGGGUGUAUCGCGCACCACCGGCAUAGACAACAUUGUCACUUGGAAUGACAUCCACCACAAGACCAGCAUCCGAGGCGGGCCCAUAAACUUUGGCUAUCCAGACCCGGAUUACCUGAAACGUGUUCAAGAUGAGCUGAAGGAAAAGGGCAUUGUGUGACCGGCGUGCACGAGUGAUUAUCACCACCAUCCUAAGGAUGGAGUCAUGGAUUUCUGUCUGAUAAGUAGGGUUGCCGUGAUAUGACAAUAUAACAAUAUACGAUAUUUAACAUGCAUGAUGAUUGGAUCAUCCGUUUUUCAACAAAAUACACUUUUUUGGCAACAUUUCUUAAAUUUCAAAAGCACAGUAAUUAAAGUAAAAAAAAAUGCCAGUUAAAUUAGUGCUUUGCAAAAUGUUUUGUGGCGUUAUUGAUGACUUGAUGGCUAUAUUACGUCAUCAUCUUUACAGCUCAUUUAAAUAAUAUUUGUGUAACUUGCAGCAUGCAUGUUAUAUGAGCUGACAGAUUUAAACUUUCAGUGAUUCAAAUACUUAUGAAAGGUUUGUGUUGAUUAACUACAAUUUAAAAAAAUUGUAUGCAAUAUUUGUACUGCAAACAAUAGAAUUGUGAAAUGGAUGUGGAGAGUUAUAUGAGACAUUGCCAUAAUUGUCAUGGGAUAAUUGUGUUAAAUUGUGAAAAAAUAUAUUGUGGCAACCCAAGUGGAAAUACAUUUGUGGGUGUUUCAGAAGCCAUAUACUGUUUUGAAUUAACAAUAUGUUCCUUAUAGUUGGCACAUUGAAAUAAAAAUUAUAACAAGUGGAAUUAUUUAAAGAAGUCCCACAAACUUAAUAUAACCGAUACAUUUUACUGUUAGCCUGGAACACGUUUUGGAAGAACUUUUCAGAUGGCCUCCACAAGUUAUUGAUCAGAUGACAACACUGAAUGCCAUACAAAUCCAUAGCUUUUAUAUUAUUGGUGUUUUUUCAUGAGACAAGUUACCAAAUAAAACCAGUAUUUUUGGAAAAUUCAUGAUCUUGCAUUAUACUGUAAAAUGUGCUGCAACAUCUGAUUUUGCAGUUAUUAUUUGUGUUGUGAACUACGUAUUUAUUUGAGUUAUUUUUGUAUUCAGGGAUUAUAUUGCGAUCUUUGUGUCCACCAUGGUACAUGUUUCUAAAUUACCAAUCUCCAUUGAAAGACAAAUAAAGCCCUUGCACAUUCCAUGUACCUGGUCAUUGGUAACAUUAAACCCUGCUCGAUGGUGGAGUGGUGAGAGGAAUGGAUUUUUAGAAGCUCUGCUCUGGUUCAUUCAGGAAAAAAAGUUACAUUCCAGUUACAGGAUAAAGGCUGGAAGGUUAUAAUACCAAAAAUAAUUUAAUGUGUCCCCUACAUAAUGGAAAUCUUUUUUUAAACAUAUAUUUUAGUUACAAAUCGUUAAAUGUAUGUUUAACAAAUACUGAUUCCCAUUUUGUGUGAUAUUUUUUGUUUAUUUUAAAAGUGAUUGUUUUAUAAGUACACAUUAAUUUUGGAUAACAUUUUAAUAUAAUGCUUAGACUACUGUGCUCUGGAUUAUAAGAUGCACAUUUUCAUCCAUUUUAAAGCAAAAGUGUGGAGUUCAUCUUAUCUGGUAGGUGUGUGUAUGACCAAAUUUGUGUAACCUUUUUCACACUGGCCAGUCAACUUUAAUGUCGCUAGCCAUGCCACCAUAGCAUGUGACCAGAUUUGUAUAACUUUAUUGGCAGUCUUUACAGUCUUAACUUUAUUGCCACCACACAGCCGCUUCCACGUUAUGGAUACUAUACAGUACCGAACUACAUAACACAUUUGUUUUACCGUAUUCUCCAGGUGAGGCACACUUUUCCCCGCUACAUUCACUGUAUGUAUUUUAUCUUGACUUAAAGCUUUCGUGACUUGCAGGAAUUCAUAUUCUAUGGGUCUUUCGGUAAAGUCACGUAGAUAGGUUCAAACAAAACAAAAUAACAAUUUUGUUAUUUUCUUUGAACCAAUCUAUGUGACUUAACCAAAAGACCCGUAGAAUAUUUAUGGAUUUUCUGGGGGGUGGAAAUAUAAACAAAAAUUCCAUAAUAUAUUGUAAUCCAGAGAAUACGGUACUGUAUAUUAUCACAAUGACACAAAAUGAUUUUAAGUGCUCACAAGUGCUUUUAUAAACCAUACCUUUUUAUUAAAAAUUUCAACUCGUUAAAAUAUAAAUACACUAUGAACAGUGUGUUAAGAUUGAGCUAAUGCAGUUUGUAAUGUCUUGUUCCUUGAUUUAAAUGGUGACAUGUUUGCAGCAUAUAUGCACCUGUUCCUUGAUUUAAAUGUUGACAUGUUAGCUGCAUAUAUGCACCUGUAACUUGAUUUAAAUGUUGACAUGUUAGCUGCAUAUAUGCACCUGUUCCUUGAUUUAAAUGUUGACAUGUUAGCCGCAUAUAUGCAUCUGAAGUGCUGCUCUCAAUGACACUUGGCCUUUAAAUGCACUAUUGUGAUGUUGAAUAACCUAUCUAAGCACAAUGUAACUUUGCUUCAUAAGUGCCUAUUACUACAAUAAACAGCCAUGUGUUCAA